AUGUGUCCGGCUCCUGCUUUCGGGGGCUCGUCUUUUGACGAAACGGAUCAUUUGGACUCACCAUUGAACGCAAAGGUUAUUACUAUUCCACCUCCUGUAAAAUCAGCUUCAAGACCAAGACAACAUCCACUAUAUCUUACACAAACUCAUGAAAUCAUGCGAACAAAAGUGGUCGCAACGAUCGGGCCUGCAUCAUCAUCAAAGAAAAUGCUCGCAGAAAUGAUUGAAGCCGGCAUGAAUGUAGCCAGACUCAAUCUUUCUCAUUGUACACACGAGUUUGCUCAAGAAGCAAUCACAAACAUUCGUUCCAUCCUGACAGAGACAAACUCUACUGCUGAAGUCGGGAUAUGGGUUGAUAUUAAUGGGCCCAAAGUCAGAACUGGAAGUCUGAAGGAUGAAAAGCCAGUUUUCUUAAAAGGAGGAGACAGCUUCUUCUUUAUUAACGAUGUCAAUGAAGUUGGUGACAACACGAAGAUAUCAACAACGUAUACCAAAGAAUUGGUUAGCGUUGGUGAUAAAAUGUACAUUGACGAUGGUCUACUCUCAUUCACAGUUGUGGAACGUCUACCAAAUUCUAUUCGUACCAUUGUUGACAACUCUGGCUGGUUGGGUGAAAACAAGGGAAUAAACUUUCCCAGUUAUAUUAUUGAAGAGCUACCAGCAGUCAGUCCCAAAGACGAAGAAGACAUCUUGUUUGCCAUCAAGCUUGGUGUGGACUUCUUGUCUGUAUCUUGUAUUCGGAAUGUGUCUGAUGUUGAAGAAGUCAGAAUCCUGUUGGGUAAUUCCAAAGUCAAAUUACUAUCCAAAAUUGAAAAUCAACGUGGAAUGGAAAAUUACGAAGCCAUCUUACGAUUAUCUGAUGGGAUUGUCAUUGAUCGAGGAUAUUUGGGUGCUGAAGUAGACGUAGAAAUAGUUACUACUGCUCAAAAGCGAAUGGUGACGUUGGCAAACACCGCAGGAAAACCAAUUCUAGUAGCGAAUCAAAUGCUAGAAUCUAUGAGAUCUCAUCCUCGACCCUCCAGAGCUGAGGCUGCUGAUGUAGCUAAUGCUGUCAUGGAUGGUGUUGAUGGGUUGGUAUUAUCAGCUGAAACAGCUGUUGGUCUUUACGUAGUGGAAACCAUCAACAUUAUGCGUAGAAUCUGUUUGAAUGCUGAAAGGUCUACCAACUAUUUGGAAUUCCAAGCACGUCUAAUACGCAACAUACCCAAACCAAUCCCAGUAUCAGAAUCCAUUGCUUCAUCAGCUGUGACGUGUGCUCGUCAAGUCAAUGCAGCAGUACUUGUAUCCGUCACUGAAUUGGGAGGUACUGCUCGGUUGACUGCCAAAUAUCGUCCGUUGGUGCCUGUAAUUGGAGCAGUAUUGCAUUCGCAACAGCAAACUGCACGACAAUUGGCAUUGAACUUUGGAAUUAUACCAUAUACGCAUACUGGUGACGAGGAUUCAAUUGUGACCGAAACAUUACGUUUCGCAACAGAAUUGGGAAUAUGUAAAGCUGGAGAUGUUGCCAUCGUGACUGCUGGUCAACAGAUCGGUUUUAUGGAAGGAACGACAACUAGAAUGCAAAUAUUGUCAAUUCCUUCCUUUGAGUAG